GUUUUUGUAAAGUGCAAAACUCCUUAAGUUACAAGUGCUUUUAUCAGGUAGCUGCCAGGAUGCAGCUAUCAGAAUUUAACUGCCUUAAAUUGCAGAUUCCUGCGGCUGCGUCUGAACAUGUGAAGGACCAUGGCUGAAACUGCAGUUUGCCUUGGCACGUUCACUGCUGUGAAGACACUCUGGGAAGUGAGAAUACACAAGAUAAAUGAAGAAUUACAGAAAGAAAAGGAAUUCAGGCAGAGGUCUGCGGGAAGGCUACUGCUUGUCUGGGAGGAGAGAGCUGCUUUGGCAAAGCUCAAAGAAAGAGUUAUCAAUGAAGGUGGGAGAGCAAUUUUAAGGAUAGAGGAAGAAGAAUGGAAGACACUACCUUCAUGCUUAUUGAAACUAGCCCAUCUCCAGGAAUGGCAGCUCCAUAGAACUAGUCUGCAGAAAAUCCCUCAAUUUAUUGGAAGAUUUCAGAGUCUUGUUGUUCUGGAUCUAUCCCGGAACUCAAUUGAAAGUGUACCUAAAGAAAUUGGCCAGCUGACCAGCCUCCAGGAGCUGCUUCUCAGCUACAACAGAAUCAAGUCGGUUCCGAAGGAAAUAAGUAACUGUGUCAGUCUGGAAAGAUUAGAACUGGCUGUCAACAGGAGUAUCUGUGACCUUCCUCCUCAGCUCAGUGAUUUAAAGAAGCUUUCACACAUAGAUUUGUGCAUGAAUCAGUUUACUACCAUCCCUUCAGCUCUUCUCAACAUGCCACAUCUAGAAUGGUUAGAUAUGGGGGGAAAUAAACUCCAGGAGCUUCCUGAUACAAUUGACAGAAUGGAAAAUCUCCACACUUUAUGGCUCCAAAGGAAUGAGAUAAACUCUUUGCCAGAAACCAUUUGUAAUCUGAAAAAUCUUAGUACUCUUGUUCUUAGCAACAACAAACUUAAGGAUAUUCCAGCCAGUAUGAAGGAUAUGACAAAUCUGAGAUUUGUCAACUUCAGAGACAAUCCACUGGAGCUAGAGGUAACACUCCCUCCGUGUGAGGAUACAGAAGAGGAGGAGCAACGGGAAAUGUUUGGCAUUGACUUCAUGCACAUGUAUAUCCAGGAGUCCCUCAAGAACACAGGAAAUCUGGAAAGUUGUACUUCUGAUCCUCCUGCUAUCAUAAAUCCUAAUGAAUAGAGAAUGUAACUGAGAA